CCAGGCGGUCGCAGGUAGCGCCGCGCGCGGCCGCUGCAUGCACUAAACAUAACCUAGUACGGCCUAAUAUAAUCAAUUCGAAAUAAUACGUUCCCUCACACUUCUUUUUUUAACUAACCUCACUUUAAAUAAACAUGAAGUGCAAUAAACAUAUACGUAUUGUGACUGGCGAACACAUCUGAAAAUUUGCCAAAUGAAUUAUAGUUUAAACCAAAAUAAAGGUGCUAUUGAUUCACUGAUUGAUGCUGUUUAAAAAAUUAGUUACAACACUAGCGGUAAAUAAAAAAUGUCUGAAAAUAUUUGGAGAAAAACAACGCUCAGAACAAAAGCGAUCAGAAACCGCAGAUAGGUGUCAAGAUAAUGAUCUACGACAAUAGAUAGAAGUAAACGAGCAAUCAUUAUCUUUUAAAACCUUUCCUUUCAUCCCUUCCUCGGUAAACGUUGAUCUUCCUGAUUACCCUUCCAUUGAAUUUUCAGCGUCAUACUAAUACUUAUUCUACCUAUAAAUUACUAUUCUUUAUAACCCUAAAUAAUUUGAAAUUAAAGAAAAAUAUACAACAAUAAUAACAAGGUUUCAUGAAGAGGCUCCAAUUAAUCAAUAUAAGAAACAAUCAUAUCGUAAUGACAAUACGAAAUAUUUGUACAAAGUAGUAUCGUGCUAGAAGAUAAUCAUCAUACAAAGCAUUUCAAUAAUCAUAUCAUCUACAUUCUGCUGCCUUAAAAAGUGACAAAUUAAUACGUAGUGCCAAAGAGUUAAUUGCAAGAUGUCUCACGGUGUGGUGAAGAGUUCUAGAAACGGGAACAGUACCCAUGCAGCGGAGUCAACAAGAGAGACUUCGGAGAGCCCUACACCGCCACCAGAUGGAGGCUGGGGUUGGAUGGUCGUCUUCGCCUCGUUUAUGAUUCAUAUAGUCACCGAUGGCAUGACCUAUUCAUUCGGCGUGUUCUAUGCGGAGUUUCUGACCUACUUCAACGAGGGCAAAGGCAAAACCGCGUGGAUCGUCUCCAUCCUGGUGGGGGUCACCUUAAGUUCAGGUCCAAUAUCAAGUUCCUUCGUGAAUCGUUGGGGUUGCCGUGCAGUAACAGUUGCUGGAGCGCUACUGUCUGCUACGUGUGUGGUGGCAUCAGCAUAUGCUGAAAACGUACUUACUUUAAUCUUCACAAUUGGGGUGGGUGCUGGUUUCGGUUUCGGACUAAUAUACCUGCCCGCUAUAGUGAGUGUCACUGUCUGGUUUGAACGCUAUAGGAGUCUAGCUACAGGCAUAGCAGUCUGCGGGUCAGGACUUGGCACAUUUUUAUUUGCACCAAUCACAUCAGCUCUUAUCUCAGAAUAUGGCUGGCGUGGAGCAAUGGCUAUCAUCGGUGCCUUCAUUCUCAACUGUGUGCCCCUGGGACUUAUGUUUCGCCCUGUCCCUGAAAUUCGAAGAACACCAGUAACCGAACCAAUGCUCCCUAAAUCGAGUAAUUCCCCUUUAAAAAGAUCUCAAAGUACAGAAAACGUUAUUCGGGCUAACGGAAAAGUUGAAGAUAAUGAUAUGGCCCGACUAACACUUUCGCAGCCAGCUCUAAAUAAAUCACUCGAACAAAAAAAAUUGUCUAAAAGUCAAUCAAAACAUGGUAGUGGCAUUAUGCAAAGACCUGAUGUAUUAUAUCAGGGGAGUAUGAACAGUUUAGCAAAAUUCAGGGCUGCAUCGCCAGAAAGAAUACUCCCAAGAGAACCAAAAGAAGAAAUAGAAGAUAAAUGCGGAUGGUUACCAUGUUCUGCUGAAUCGAAAGCAGCUUUAUCCGAAAUGCUAGAUCUUUCUCUUUUAAUAGAUCCAAUAUUUGUUUUAUUUUCGUUAUCUAAUUUCUUAACUAGCAUAGGAUUCUAUAUUCCAUAUGUUUACAUUGUGCCUAUGAGUGACAAGAUGAAAGUAACAAAUCCUGCUUACUUGAUAUCUAUAAUUGGUGCAUCGAAUUUAGUUGGGAGAAUUAUUCUUGGAUACAUCAGUGAUAAACCUUGGGUGAACCGCUUAUUGGCCUACAAUAUUUGUCUCACAAUCGCAGGGAUUAGUACAGCAUUGGCAAUGGCUUGCUGGGAAUUUUGGGGUCUAGCAGUAUAUGCAACUGUAUUUGGAUUCACGAUCGGUGCCUACGUCGGCCUCACUUCUGUGGUCCUUGUAGAUCUACUGGGUCUCGAAAAGCUCACUAAUGCCUUUGGACUUCUUUUACUAUUUCAAGGCAUAGCAUCGCUCAUAGGUCCACCUCUAGCUGGCUGGCUGUACGAUGCGCUAAACUCAUACGCGCCUGGAUUCUACGUAGCGGGAGGGACGAUCUCUUUAAGCGGUCUCAUCCUAUUCUUCAUUCCUGUAUUGGAAAAGCGAAAUAACAAUAGAAGAUGGGCUGACGAAACGGAUAUGGAGCAAAUAUAGCAGGCCGGGACCCGAGGGAUCAGAGAGUACCCCAUCAUUGUACUCAACAGUCCCUCCACCUCCCCCGCACCAUCGUCGGGGGAUGAAACCUAUAGCGACAGGGUAUAUAAUACUACAAUAAUAGAAGAGAAUAAUUUUUAUACCAAUAAUAGUUACGAUCAUGUAAAUAAACUAGUGAAGAGUGAAUGCUUUGAUGAGAGCUACCUAACUCAUUCCAGAGAUAAUGUGGAGAGUGUAUGAACGUUUAGUGAUAAAAGGUGCAAUACAACAUUAAUUUCCUACAUUAGUUUAAUUGUGAAGUGCCGAUAGUUCAACUUUACCCAAAGAACUGAAACAAAUUUAUAUACUAUAUCUAUUUUAAGUAUUUAAUGUUAAGGUAACUGAUAAAAUUGUCAUGCUUAAAGUAUACCAAUUACUAUUUCGUGUUAAUAACAUAUUGACGUGCACUUAGUGAAAAUAGUAAUUUAAAAUGUAUAUGGACGAUAUGUCUUAAAAUAAAAAAUGUUAUUAAGAAUGUUAAGACAAGUGAAACUGAGCAGAAUAUUGAAAAAGAUAUAGUGCAAAGCUAGAUCUUGUGUUAUUGUUUAUUAUGUAAGUAAAUAUAGUGAUUGUUUAAUCUAAUUAAACAAAUGACACCUAAAACGGUAUCUUAACGGUGUUGGAAACCAUUUAGGAAUAGUGUCUUCUAUUAUAUAGUAUUUGAGAAAUUGUUUUCGAGUUUGUUUAACCAGUAAAUUAAAUUUCUCUCUUGAAACCAAUCACCAAAGUUUUUAAAUUUAAUUACAAACUCUUCCAGAGCAACUGUUGCCCUGGAAUUUCUGUUUUAUCUAUAUUUAUAUUUGGGUAUAUUAAUUAUUAUAAUUAUAAUAAGUAUAUUAUUUAUUAUAAUAUUGACUAAAUUUAAUGCAUUGCUGAUUAUAAAAUUUGUGUAAAUUAAAUGCAUACGAAUAACGAAUUUUAAAUGUAAAGAACGUUCUAUUCAAUACACUUUUGGCAACUAAUGAGUAUGGAAGUGUAAACAAUAUUACCAUGAAAAUACUCAUGCUAAUAUUACUUACUAUUUUAUCUAACAACUAAUGUUUUUAUAAGACCCAAAUUGAUGUCACAAAGAAGAAUUAAACUUCUUUAAAAAAAUUAAUCAAUUAUUAACAUUUUCACGAAGUGCCACAAAUUCAAUGUUAUUCAAACAUAACAUGUAUUGUAUAUCAUAUAAUAAUAGUAGGUAUCUAUAUUAUUUACCAAGGGGAGAAAGCAAAAGAAUAUUAACGAGAAUACAUUUAUGGCAAGAACCACAGGAUUUCGCUCAAAUUAAUAUUCUUUGCUCUCUCCUUAGUGACAGUUUUUGCUACAUCUACAAGGAAAACGUAUUUAAAUGAAAUCUUUAAUGAAUUAAACUUGAUUAUUGUAACAUUAGAUAUCUUGGAUACAUAAGACUUAACUUAAAAUUAAAUAAAAAAAAUCGUUUUUCUGCAUUUUCUGUUGUGGUUGUGUGUUAAUUUAGACAGUAAUCAUUAUUUUUAUCCAAUCCUAUUUCAAGGAUAAAUAAUGAACAGCUGACGGCUUUUAGUGUUUAUAAUAAAGUAUGUGCUUUCUGAGUAGAUGUGGUAAAAAUACUAUUCAUUAUAAUAUGUGACGACGUAUGAUUCUAUAAUGGCCUUAAUGUGGACCAAUCGUUGGUAGAAUGGAUGAGGUCCAACGUAUCUUAACAGGAGCAUAGUCUCUGUUUAAAUAACUAUGUAGUAAACUAAAAGUACAUUGAUUUUUUCAUUUAUUUUUACAGUAGAUAUAGAUUUUUCGCUUAGUGCCAACUCUCCGUCCUUCCACAUCUACUUGAGAAAUAUUUGUACUUUUAUUAUUAUGAAUUUUUCGGUAGACUACAAAUCUUAAAGUCUAAUCUAUUCGAAGCUCGAGAGUUGGCGCUCUAGCUAUUAAUUUCCACGUUGUGUUCAGUAGAAUAAACCUUAUCCUAUAAUUUUUCAGAAACUGAUACGUAAACUAUAUAAUAAUGUAAAUACUUUGACUGAAUUAGGUAAUGCAUACUGUAUCUUACAACAAACAAUUGAACUGUACUAAUUACAGAUAUCUUCGUACAAAUCUUUGACUCUUCGUUUUAUAUUGUUGAAUUCUUGCGCAUCUAAUGCGAUAACUGUAAAUUGAUGUUAAUAUGCAUAUAUGUAUACCUAAUAUUGAAAUAUAUAUUGGAAUUUAUUACAGCCAUUA